AUGUCAAAACGCUAUUUCAAAAAUGUAUACCUCGAUUGUCAGGGAGUUGAUUCAAGUACAUCUUAUGAUUUUUGGAAAGAUAAUGUGUACUGUCUAAUGGAGCGUGUAAGUCAAAAUACUUCAUCGUCGUCUGAUAAUGACUUGUAUACUGGAACAACUGGAAUCGCAUAUAUGUUUUAUCAUUUAUCUACAUCAGAAGGGUUUAAAAACAAUUCCACUGAACUAUUGAAUAAAGCAGUUGCAGUUUCAAGACUAACAGGACACAAUUUAUCUGAAAAAUACUCAAGUCAAUUUAUUUGCGGUAAUGCUGGAGUUAAUGCUGUAAAUGCUGCAAUAUAUCACCAAAUUGGUGAUGAGAAAUCUGCAGAAAUGUAUUUAGAGUGUUUUAAAAACGGAUUAGCUGUUUGUAAGCCAAUCAAUUUUUUUAAGCCAGGAGGAGACGAACUAUUUGUUGGUCGUGCCGGUUAUCUUUAUGGAAUUUUGUGGUUAGAAAAAGUUUUUAAUAGGAAAAUAAUAGCUGACCUAGAUAUAAUUCAACUCUGUUUAACAAUUGUGGAGUCUGGACGUAAUUAUUCUAAAAAAAAAAGAAGUAUUUUUCCUCUUAUGUACUCAUAUUAUAAUACAGAAUAUUUAGGCGCAGCUCAUGGUUUGUGUACAAUUCUACAAGUAUUAAUUUCAUUUCCUUGUUUUAUUGAGAAAGAACAAAAAGCUAUGGAAGAUAUUAAAACAUGUAUAGAUAUACUGAUAACAUUACAAACAACAAGUGGUAAUUUUCCUUGUGCAAUGGAUGAAUUAAAUUCAAGAAAAAGACCUGAUAGUGAUGAACUGGUUCAUUGGUGUCAUGGAGCUCCAGGUGUUAUAUACUUAUUAGCUAAAGCAUAUUUGGUUUUUAAAGAACCUUCUUAUUUGGAAUGUUGUUUAAAAUGUGGAGACUUGGUAUGGACAAAAGGACUAUUAAAAAAAGGCCCUGGAUUAUGUCAUGGAAUAGCUGGGAACGGAUAUGUUUUCUUACUAUUAUAUAGGUUGACCGGCGAUAAAAAACAUUUAAACCGAGCUGUACAAUUUGGUAAAUUUAUAUUCACUGAUGAAUGUAUUCAAGGAUCUAGAAGACCAGACAAUUUGUACAGUUUAUAUGAAGGAUUAGCUGGCACAGUGUGUUAUUUGAGUGAUUUAACCCAACCGGAAAAAGCUAGUUUCCCAUUUUUAGAUGUAUUUUAA